CGACGGAUGGAGCCUCAACCACGUGCUGAGGCAAUGAAUUCCACUAGUUGAUGAUUCGAUGGGAAAGUCGAUAGUCAGCUGACAAGUAAUUUGUUCUCGGCUUAUGAACUUUUUUGGAGUGUCCUCGUAAAUUCUCUGUUUUAGAAGACAAGAAAAAUGAGGGCAUAUCAGGUGCAAAUUUAUCACUAAGCAAUUUGAAAACUGUAAUCAAGUCGCCUCUAGUUCUACGAUAAGACAGUGAGAAAAGGUUUAGCUUGGCCAGUCGAGCAUCAUACGAAAGCUUCACUAUUCCGGGAAUCAGCUUAGUCGCCGUUCUCUGAACCUUUUCCAGAAGCUCACUCUUUUUUAAGCGGAGGCUAGCCGCUUGUAUGCAGUACUCAAGUUUAGGACGUACAAACACUGUAUACAAAGUCAAAAACGUUUUAGCGUCGACAUGACUAAAAGACCUACUUAUUGACCAUAAGGUUCUAAAACCUUUGGCGGCUAUUGCACGGCAGUGUACAGUAGUCUUUAAGUCUUGGCUAACGAUGACUCCUAAAUCAUUACGUGUCUGGGCAACAGGUAGCUCAGUGUUAUUCAUCGUGUAUGUAUCUGUACCUUGAUGACCAAUAUGUAUCACAACACACUUGGAAGUAUUUCUCGGCAACUGCCAGGUUUGAGGCCAUUCAGAUAAUUUCUCCAGGUCAUUUAGGAGUUCUUAGCUAUCACCCUUACAUCGUAUCGUUCUCCAUAUCUUGACAUCGUCAGCAUAUAGCAAGACCGAUGAUGAUAAGAGACGAGCAAGGUCAUUCACAUACAAGCGGAAUAGCACUGGCCCCAAAACUGUACCCUGGGGCACUCCACUAAGCACAGUUUCCCAGCUAGAUAACUUUGAGUUCACCCUUACUCUUUAUUGGCACCCAACUAGGAAGUCUUUCAUCCACAUCAAUAAAUUGCCUCCAAUUCCGACGUUUCUUAACUUAUAUAACAGCCGGUUGUGCGGAACGUUGUCAAAAGCUUUGCUGAAAUCAAUGAAGGCUUUUGGUCCUUAAGAGCGCACUUAUAAGUUAGUGAGACAAGAAUAACCUAUUCUGAAACCGUGCUGCCUCUCCGAAAGGAUCCGGUUUUUAUCGAGGUACUUAAACAGCUCCUUCUGAAUAAUCUUUUCUACGAUUUUAGCAACCACACUAGUUAGGCUAACGGGUCGGUAAUUCUCAGGUUUAUGUUUCGUACCUGUUUUGAAGACAGGAUUUACUAUGGCGUUCUUUCAGUCUUUUGGUAAACGAGCCUGCGUUACGGAUAACUUAAAGCAUGUACUUAAAGGGCUUGCAACGAAAUUAGAUAAUUCCUUCAGUAGCCUAGGAUCUAAUUCAUCGGGCCCCGUGGAUUUACCUAUGUCAAGCUUAUUUAGCAGACCAAAGACAUCGAGUUCUUUAAUGGUCACUCUAUCCAGUGUAUGCGUGGGGGGAUUUGUAUGCGCUGACGGGAAGGGUGCUUCUAUGGUAUAUACAUUGCUAAAGUAGUUCGAGAACACUUGAGCCUUUCCAAAGUCGUCCUCCACUAAUGAUGCGGCAGUACUGUUUCCCCAUAGUUCAGGAAUAUUUCGUCUUCUUUUUGUCUUUUGGCUUAUAUAGGAAUACAAGCGUUUAGGACAUUCUAUGGAUUCCUUGACAAUAUUUUCUUCGUAUAACUUCCUAGACUUACGGAGGGUCGAGGCACAGGUAUUCCGAGCUUUUCGAUACUGAGAUUUUAUCUCAUCGGUCCUCAGUAACCUAAAUCUAUCCCACAUUUUUCUUUUCUUACGGAGAAGGAUGUGGGCCUCCCUACUGAACCAUGGUGGUGAGUUUUUCGGCCCCUUUGGUAUAGUUCAAGGGAUGUGAGGUGUGGUAACUUUUAAGUAUAAAUUUCGAAAUGCGUUCCAAGCCGUUUCAAUGGAGGACUCUGGGUCUAUUGUCCAAUCUAUUAACGAUGCUGAGUGCAUGAUAUCUGGUAUGUUUGCUUUCCAGACGUUAGGUCUGGAUUGAGCUAACGCGUGCUCGUGAUUGACAGUUAUAUGGAAGUCGAAAGUUAAAACUGCGUGAUCAGUUUUACCCAGGGGUGGCAUGUAAUGGAGGUUCGCAACGUCAUCCUCAUAGUGAGUAAAUGUAUGAUCUAGUAAGGAAGGUUCAGAGUCCAGGUCGUACCUAGUCGCUUCCUUCACAUGUUGCACUAAGGCACAUGUGAUAACCGCAUCAACUAGUUCCUGCUCGAAAGAAUUCUCCGACGAUUUAGUUCGCAGAUUUUCCUAGUCUACCAUAGGUGCAUUGAAGUCCCCUGAAUAACCUCAAACCUGGCAGUUGCCGAGAAAUACUUCCAAGUGUGUUGUGAUACAUAUCGGUCAUCAAGGUACAGAUACAUACACGAUGAAUAACACUGAGCUACCUGUUGCCCAGACACGUAAUGAUUUAGGAGUCAUCGUUAGCCAAGACUUAAAGACUACUGUACACUGCCGUGCAAUAGCCGCCAAAGGUUUUAGAACCUUAUGGUCAAUAAGUAGGUCUUUUAGUCAUGUCGACGCUAAAACGUUUUUGACUUUGUAUACAGUGUUUGUACGUCCUAAACUUGAGUACUGCAUACAAGCGGCUAGCCUCCGCUUAAAAAAGAGUGAGCUUCUGGAAAAGGUUCAGAGAACGGCGACUAAGCUGAUUCACGGAAUAGUGAAGCUUUCGUAUGAUGCUCGACUGGCCAAGCUAAACCUUUUCUCACUGUCUUAUCGUAGAACUAGAGGCGACUUGAUUACAGUUUUCAAAUUGCUUAGUGAUAAAUUUGCACCUGAUAUGCCCUCAUUUUUCUUGUCUUCUAAAACAGAGAAUUUACGAGGACACUCCAAAAAAGUUCAUAAGCCGAGAACAAAUUACUUGUCAGCUGACUAUCGACUUUCCCAUCGAAUCAUCAACUAGUGGAAUUCAUUGCCUCAGCACGUGGUUGAGGCUCCAUCCGUCGACUCUUUCAAAAGAAAGUUGGAUCAACUGAGAGACCACUAUUGCCAGGACUGACACAUACCAUGAAGCCUACUGUCCUUUCCAAACUGAAACUGAAUGUUUAAACGUAGCUCCUCAUACACGUUAGCUAAUAACGUACUUUCAUGAUAAACCGAAAGCGUAAAAUUGCUGAAAAUUGCAACGCUUUCUAUAUUUUGAAGACACGACUGUAUCUUCGUUUUUGGUAGUUGAACCCAUGCAUGCGACUGAAAUUAAUCCGUUACUAGAAUAUUCUGUUCGUUCUUUAUUGACGAACUCGCCUGCUGUGUCCUUUUAGUUGUCCUGAUUUGAUUUGGAAAAAUAAAAAGUAAUUCCUCAAAAUCAUUUCAUAGUACCUUGUGCAUCAUAAUGAAAUGGCCUCUCAAUUUGAUAUGGUCUGACCUAUGAAGUCGCUCAUCGUAAGUUAGGCCAAAGACCUCUGGAAUUGUGGUCUUCUGUACUCUGUAAGAGAUCUGGGUCGUCUUCUUAACGGGAGUAUGAUCCGUAAGGUGACGCAGUUCUGGUAAGCAAAGGCGAAAUGUAAUUUCUCGGAUCUCUUAAGUAAAAGCGUAUGAAUGUUUGUAAUGUACUGGAAAUCACUACCCUUAUAAGGUUGGAUCACAGGAUGAGUGAUAUUGGAGUUAGACGUAGAGUAUAGGGUACACCGGUUAUUCAGGUCAUCAAUCUACAUCAGUUGAUAUGAAUAAGCUAUGUACUACAAAUGCUUAGCUGAUACUUAUCACGCAGUUCAGUAUGCAGGAAAGCCUGGAGAAGGUCGAUAAAGACCUAGCAUCAGUCCCUGAAUCUAUUUACUGGUGAUCUGUGCUGUCUUGACAGUUGGAAAUUUCAUGGUUUCGUCUUACCUAAUAGUCAUAGUAAGUGGUUGUAGACGUCGGCUGACAUGACUUAAAGUGGUUUGGUUGGAUUUGUUCUCCAUCUUCUAAAUAUUAAAUUAGUUGUCAUACCUAGUUCUUCAUUUUUUUGCUUUAUUUAUUCCUUUUGAGUUGUGUUUUGUUAUGUUUAGCACUUAUUUCUUUUUAAUUCCCUCGCUGUGCUGACAUGAGGUUUUGGAAUUUAAACCGUUGCAUAUGCACCCCGAGUCAUAUGCAUGACUGACGUAGUUAAUAGGACUUACGGAAAAGUUAUCACUUUUAUAGUCUCUUUAAUCGGAAGUACUUGUAAGAAUUUAUUCCGAGCUAUCAACAUAAAAAGCCUAAAUCAAUGGGUAAAAUCAGGCAAAAUCGGUUUCAUUCGUUGGAAUGUAUUUGUUUCUCAUCUUUCUGUAAAUUUCCACCAUAUCAACAUCUUGUUCUUGAUUCCUUAUUCUGUUUAAGUAAUUAUUCACCUGGUCAUUUCGUUUAUCUUCUGUUUCCUAGAUUGACCCCUGUCAAGUUUUGCGCUCUAUCCACUUGUUGUUCUACUCGCCUUCUCUCCAUUAUCUUAAUCCCUUCAAGUGUGUUACGAGAAAUUCAGGCUGACUUCAGACAUGGUCGUGGCUGCAUCGACCACAUAUUCACCAUUCGUCAGGUUCUGGAACACAGGUAUACUUAUCGGCGUCCGACAAUUGUGGUCUUUCUUGACUUAAAAGCAGCAUUUGACUCAAUAGACCGCGAGAUUCUGUGGCAGUGUCUGUUAUUGAAAGGCGUACCUCAGAAGUGCAUAAACCUUGUAAAGGCUCUUUACUCGAAUACUACUAGUCGAGCCAAAGCUUAUGGCGAAAUGUCAUCUGCUUUUGCAGCCCCAAUUGGUGUCCGUCAAGGUUGUCCACUUUCUCCAUUUUUGUUUAACUUCAUCAUAGACUUACUGAUGGGUAUAACAUUCUCGUCGACUGAAUUCUCGGGUAUUGAUCUCCUUCCAGGAGGUCCACUUAUCGAUUUAGAAUACUCAGAUGACAUAGUCCUGUUUGGUGAAGACGCUGAUAAAAUUCUGAGUCUUCUGGUAGCACUAAGCAACAAUGCCAGAAUGUUUGGAAUGCGCUUCUCUCCCUCUAAAUGCAAGUUGUUGCUUCAGGACUAGUCUGCGUCAACACCUGAACUAAGGAUAGGGAGUGAAGUAGUCGAACGCGUUGACAACAUCACUUAUCUUGGAAGUCUGAUCAGCCCUGAUGGGUUAGUGUCUGACGAAAUCUCAGCACGGAUUCGAAAAGCUCGUUUGGCUUUUGCCAACUUACGUCACCUAUGACGAAGGCGAGAUAUCCGUCUAUCAAUAAAAGGACGAGUAUACUGCGCGGCAGUCCGUUCUGUUCUACUUUACGACAGCGAAACAUGGCCAUUAAGAGUAGAAGACACUCGUAAGCUACUAGUAUUUGACCACAGAUGCCUUAGAAAUAUUGCUCGCAUUUGCUUGGAUCACCGGAUAAGUAAUAGUGAGGUUAGACACAGGGUAUUAAGGAAUGAUUGUAAAUUAGUUGAUGAGGUUGUUAAUCUUCAUCGACUGAGAUGGUUGGGCCACGUGCUACGUAUGCCCGAACACCGAUUACCACGACGUGCAAUGCUAACCGGUGCUGGAGAUGGUUAGACGAAAGUUAGGGGCGGCCAAACCAAAACGUGGCAUCAGUGCUUGAAGUCACUAACUUCUAGUCUGAGCCAUGUUGGUAGAUGCAGACUACUUGGUUGGGGUCCGCGUGACUAUCGUAACCAAUGGUUGGAGACUCUUGGUGACAUGGCUCUGAAUCAAUCACAAUGGCGUUGGUGUAUACACUCUCUGUCUUCCCUUAAACUAAGAGAUUAAAAUUGCUUCAUAUCUUUCUUUCUAUGAACUAGUUUUUUCUUCCUGUACUAUAUCCUUGAUUGCAAUCUUUCUUUUAUAUAUUACCACCUCUAAAUUAACUACUUUUAUGAAUCCGGUGUUCAUCUUGCUGUGCUAAUGAGGUAUGGCAACUUGGACUGAUGCAUAUAUGUACCUGGUCCUACCUUGUAUCUCACUGACUGACAAGUGUGUUACUAUAUCGUGUUCCUCUCAUUAACUUUGCUACCACGACUUCACUAUGUAUAACUUUCACAUCGUUUUACUGAGUAAAUAUCUUUCUGCACUUACACCUUGAUACAACUCAUCAAAUGUUGGCCUAAGUACCGAUGAUAGUUUAUAUCUAACUUUUAUUAAGUUGUUUGGCUACAUUUCAAUAUCGAUGGCAUUUUAACUAACGGGGAUGGUGUUUUUAUAGUCUUUUCUAUAGAUGCAAUUAGCUAAUAGUAUUUGUGCACAAUCCAUCGUAAAGAAACAAUUUCAUUGUUGUAAAUAAUAUAAAGGGAUAACUUUACUGUCGCUUUUUUUUCGAAUGUCCCAGUGAAAUAAACAAGCCUACAUUGAUAAUGCUUUCGAUUAUUUUUUCCUCGAACCCGCAAGUUAUAAUUGUAUAUUUCAUCAUUUUUAAGUAGCUGUAUGUUCGUCAUAAACGCUAAUGGAGCGAUGGCACAGUGAUUAGACGUUCAGCUUUCGGUCACUAAGUUUCAUGUUCCAAUCCCUCUCCACCUACUUCGGUUUGGACAUCCGGUUAUCACCAUCACCCCUUACUUUCUGAGUGUAGCUCAUACUCACGUACUUGAUGAAUCUGUCGAUAUACUAUGCAUAAUAAAAUCUAUGCUUUUUUGUUACAGAUUUUCCCAAAUUCUAUUCGGUCUAUUGAAAGAAUUUUGAACUGAAUUGAAUAAAUGGCUUCCAGAAGAGAAAUCCUGUCACUUUACAAAAAUCUCUUAACAUAUGUGAAUAACCUAAAGCAUUCCGAUAAAAGUUAUCUAAAAAAGAGAAUUCAGUCUAGUUUUAAAGAGAAUAAAGUGUCUACUGAUGAUGAAUCAACGCGGUUGUACAAGGUUGCGAAAUUUUGCGACUUAAAAGAUUUAUUUGAAUUUCACAUUGGUGUACACUUCUUACUUCCCUUCGUGACUUCAUUCAGUUCAUUUAAUUUGCUGGUUUUUUCAGUGAUUCAUUUUACCAAAUAAAAAUUCAUCCCGUUUGUGGAAACAGAAUUCUUACUUUUUGAAUCCUUUUAUCUCACUUAAAAUAAAUGUAAUACUCGCGUUCCUAAGAAAAAAUAGUGUGGCAAAUUUUAGUGUGUAGUGGUCAGUAGAUGAAAUUUGUGUAGACAUUGGGUAGAAAGUAUUCACAUGCUUUAUAAUUACUGCUUGAAGUAUCUAGAUUGGUUUUUACCAAUCAAUAAAGGAUCAAGCUUUAAUUAUUUAGUAUGUAACUUCAGAAUUUAGUUCAUAAUAUGAUAUAUUAACAAAAUGAUGAGAUCGUGUCGCAAUUCACAUUAUAAAAUAUUUUAAGAUGCACAUGUUUUAUAAAAAUUUUCACGAUAUGCUUCGCGAAGCAGUAAAUUCUUGACUGUCUUCCUAAUGUGUGUCAUGUUGUCAGCUUAUCGUUCAAGUUUGAGUAUGGAAGGUAAUUUAACAUUAGAG